UUCCCCACAUCUAACACACAAGCCAUAACCAAAAACAGAUAAAACAAAGACACAACCACCAAAAAAAUGAGGAUUGUGGCAUUAAUUUCCCUCUCUCUCCUCUCCAUACUUGGAGCCUUGGCUCAACAUGAGCAAUGUGGUAGCCAAGCAGGAGGAAUAGUCUGCCCGGGGGGACUAUGUUGCAGCAAAUGGGGCUUCUGCGGUACCACACUGGCUUACUGCGGCGAUGGGUGCCAGAGCAAUUGUCCCUCCCCGCCCCCGCCCCCACCCCCGCCAGUGACCCCGCCCCCACCCCCGCCAGUGACCCCGCCCCCGCCCACACCAUCGUCCCCGCCCCCGCCACCUAGCGGCGGCGGCGGCGAGCAAUGUGGUAGCCAAGCAGGAGGAAUAGUCUGCCCGGGGGGACUCUGUUGCAGCAAAUGGGGCUUCUGCGGUACCACACCGGCUUACUGCGGCGAUGGGUGCCAGAGCAAUUGUCCCGCCCCGCCCCCACCAGUGACACCGCCCCCGCCAGCGUCCCCGCCCCCACCACCGUCCCCUGGCGGCGGCGGUGACAUCAGUUCUCUUAUUAGCAAAGACUUGUUUGAGAAAUUGCUGGCGUACAGGAACGAUCCGGCUUGUGAAGGGAACGGGUUUUAUACUUACGAGGCGUUCAUUGCUGUUGCCAGGGAGUUUAGUGGUUUUGGAACCACCGGAGAUGAUGAUACCAAGAAGAGAGAGAUUGUUGCGUUUCUGGCUCAAACUUCCCAUGAAACUACUGGUGGGUGGGCAGGAGCUCCGGGUGGACAAUAUGCAUGGGGAUACUGUUUUGUUACGGAACGAAACAAGGCGGAUUAUUGUACACCUAAUCAACAAUGGCCUUGUGCUCCUGGGAAGCAGUACUACGGCCGCGGUCCCAUCCAACUUACGCACAAUUACAACUAUGGUCCAGCUGGAGUAGCCAUAGGAAGCGAUCUACUAGGCAACCCAGACUUGGUCGCAGCCGACGUCACCAUUUCUUUCAGAGCAGCCUUCUGGUUUUGGAUGACCCCACAAUACUCAAAACCCUCCUGCCACGAUGUCAUCACCGGCCAAUGGACCCCGUCGGCCGCCGAUUUGGCAGCGGGUCGGCUCCCGGGGUACGGUGUCAUCACCAACAUAAUCAACGGCGGGCUCGAGUGUGGACAAGGGUUUACUACAGCACAACAAGUGAGCCGGAUCGGGUAUCUUAUGCAUUUCAGUGAUAUUGUGGGAGUUGGUUAUGGACAAAACCUUUAUUGCGACCACCAAAGGCCCUUUGGAUAAGACCCAAUAACAUUGCAGAAAACUGUUCCGUGAGAUAAAAUAAUAUUGUAGAGUCCAACUGUAUGGACCCUACAUAAUACUGUGAUCUAAGGAUGAAAUAAUGCCACGGCCGGCAGGAGUAUUGAAAAAUUCUUAAGUAGUCUAUGUUUAUCGCUGAAUAAAGAUGCAUGUAGGAAUAUUUCAGAAUAUUCCAGUUAGGUUGUUUGGCUGUGUGUAAGCUUGUUGUUAUCUUUGUUGGCUUGUUCUGUGGCUUGAUGUUCUAGACUCAAGCUUUGCUUUCUCCUGUGUUGUGUAUUGUGGGUUUUCUAAUAAAAUCUUCGUACCAAAAUAAGAAAAGAAAGAAUAUAUUUCAGAAUUAA